CGGCGGAGGGAAGGCUUCGGCGGGACGAUGACGCUCCUCUGUCUGUGCCAGAUUUGCACUUGCGGGCUCCAUCGCUGUCCUCGGAGGCCUACAAGGAUUUAUGAAGAACUAGAUUUGAGUUGCCCCACCACUGAAUAUUCAGAAAAAUUUACCAGCUUUGAACAUGUUAUUCCUUCACAAAAUAUUAAAUCUACCAAGCAUAAACAUCAAGCAAAUGAAGGCAAAAUGUCUGAACGUCUUCCCCGUGACACAUUUCAAGAAAUGGUUCAUGCACCAGAAGAAUACAGGCCAAAAAUGGUGGACACUGAUAUGACAACCACCUAUAAGCAGAAUUUUAACGUUUACCCAUUACAACCUGCUGAAACAAUGAGGCCUCUGGACAGACGUCUUAUUAAAAAAGAAAAGCUGGAUACUCUUCCUACCUAUAAAGAUGAUUUCAGACCUUGGAAUAUUGAGAAAAGUGAACUUGCUAAACAUCUGCCUACAGAGAAAUCUACAUUUCAGGAUGACUUAAGUCCUCAAAAGCUACGUCCUAGGUCAAACUUUAAACCUUUGAACCUACUCUCUCAUUCUGCUAUUCCCUUUAAUGCUAUUACAAGCCAUCGCUCAUCAUACGUGCCUCACCAGCUAGAACCCAAAUUUAUAAGACCAAAAGAAGUUUACAAGCCAAACAAUGAACUCUUUGAUGAUUUAACAACCCACCGCCAUGCCUACAAAGGCCUUUUUGGAGAACCUGCAAAGAUUUGUAGACCUACAAUUGCCAAGGUGGCAAAAAAUGCUCCAUUUAGGGAAAACACAGAAUUCCGGGAUAAUUUUCAGUCAUGGGAAACUCCGUUGCCCAAGGUUCGAAAGUUAACAGAGGAUGUUCCCUCAACAGGUCACAUGGAGCAAAAUAGCAAAAUCCAACAAGAUAAUAUUUCAACUCACAUGACCACAGGGGCUCCCAAAAAGCAAGUUUAUUCACGUAUCACUAAGUUUCCUUUUCAAGCAAGAAGCACCACGAAAGAUGAUUUCAAACUAUGGGACAAACCAUGUCAGCUAGGAAUGAUUAAGCCCAACAAUCAGAUUCCCAAUCCAUCUGGGAAGUUUGAAGGCUUGACCACUUUUAGAUCACAUUAUAUACCACAUGAGUUAAUUCCAACACUGAGUUUCAAACCUGUCCCCAUUCUCUGUCACAGCUCUGAACCAUUUGAUGAUACAACAGUGUACUCUACACAGUAUACAGCAAAGAUACAGGAGACGUGCCCAGCUAGCUAUACUUCCCCUCCAGGAUAUACAUUUGAAAAUACCAAUUCCCAUGGUCACAAAUUAUUCCGCAAGAAUAUUCCUUCAAGGAAGGACUUUUCCCCAUUAGUUGAUAAGGUUUCCCAAUAAAUGGAUUUUAUGAGAUGCUAGAUUUCCUAGGCUGAUAGACCUAUGAGAAUCAAAACAUUUUAAUUAGUUGAUAAAGAGAAAAAUCUUUCUGGAAGAUUGAUCUUAUGAAGGAUUCAUAGUAAAAUGUUUGAACUGGAUUUUUUUUUAACCUAAGGAAAUUUGAAGAUCUGUCAAGAGAGAUCAAUGUAUCUGUUGAUACAAUUACUUCAGUAGGUCUGUGAUUGAACUAGUAUGGCUACUCCUUCCACCAAAGCUAAUCAUAACCCCUUCAUGCCUUAGGAGACAGUUCUUCCUAAGUUGCUAUGUCCAAAAAAAUCAUCAAUAAGUUACCACUCCUCUGCUUAUGAGUAUUUUUUAACUUAGCCAGGCUGAUCCCUUAGAAGACAGGCUGGUCAUUGACAGGAUUGUACCCAUAGCCUUUCUAGCUUGGUUGACACCUGCCAAAGCUUGUGUUCCACUAGCAUAGCCUCUAAGAACCCAGGAUCACCUCUUUGACAUCAGGAGGCAUUGACAUCAUAAGAGUAGGGUACUAAAAGAGCCUAAUGCAAUUAACAUUGAUAUUUUAGACCAUUUUUCUUGACAGUGGACUUAUAAGAAUUUUACUAUGUGUAUUCCCAGUGUAACUUAUUAUUCCUAACAUACAGUUUGACAACUGGUCUUCAUUCUGUGAUCCUAUACAAUCAUAACAUUUUUAUGUGUAAAUGAUGUAGUCGGGUGUCCAGCUGUUUAGUCAUUAAUGUCAAUCUGCUUAUGAAAUAUAGUAAUUCAGCACACAGUAAAUGAAACUCAAAUCAAAUUUGGCCUAUAAAGUACGAUUCUUAAUAUAAAUUACACUUUUGGAGACUCAAGUAGUUCAUGGUCAUUCAUAUGCUUAUGCUAAUUUAUUAAGUAUUUUUAGAUUUUUUUUUCCAAUACAGGCAUAUUCCACAUUAUGUUGCC